GAGAGAGAGAGAGAGAGAGAGAGAGAGAGAGAGAGAGAGAUUGUGUGUGUGUGCGUAAGUUGAUUUCAGUGGAUCAUGGAGCAGCGCUGUGCUCGCGGUGUGUCGGAGUCUCCUGCCCGCACAGACGCGCUUCUAACUCGGUUCUUUGAGGCUCGGAGCGCCGCUGUACGGAACUAAAGCUGGAGGAUCGUUACCGAUGGCUGAUCCUCUGCGGAGGACAAUUCUAGCCAAACUCAGGGGCAAGAAAGCCAAAGGGAAAGACGCGAGCACCGCGAGCCGGCCGAGAGAAGGUAAAGAAAAAGAGAGAGAUUAUAUUUCCAAUCACACUGUUAACGGGAUCCGGAUGGCGGAUCCGGUGGCCGGUGUCGGAUGUAGUGCGGUCGUGCGGGUAAACAGCGGCCGGGCGGACGUGCACAGAAGCGGGGGCUCUGGCCCCGGGGGUCCCGCAGGGGUCUCGGAUCAAAGCGCAGUCACGGAGAUGAAGCGCUUCCACACGCAGCGUGUCCGCGGAGACUCGAUCGGCUUCGGGAACUGCGAACACGUCCAUUUAAAACCCAGCAGAGAGGCUUUAAAUGUAACAGAUGGACCAGACGUAAAGACGAAAGAAACAAAUGUUGCACUACUCGAGCAAAAGGCGGGUUUCAAGUGCGGACAAACCGUAACGGGUGACUUUGAAGAUCGCGUCAGGGGCCAACAAGUGAACGGGGCCCCUGGCGUGUUUGAGUACAUAGACGGAAAUAUCCACGAUAGCGAUUUGAUUCAGGUUAUAGAGAGUUCACUUGAGUAUCAUGGAGAUUUAAGGAUGCCUACGUUACGAAGUCCGACCUUUUUCCCCACUGAGCUGGAGAUUACCGUGGCCCCUGGGCUGAGAGACGGGGGCCCCCGACACCACUCGGUCGACAGUGAGGACGACGACUAUUACGAUAACCAAAUUCUGCCCUUUUACGAAGUCUUACGCUCAAAAUCAGAUGAACGACAAACACGCGUUGACCGUUCAAACGGUAGGGUCAGGAUGUAACGAAACCGCACAAGAAACCGACAGACUGAAGACGCAACUAAAAGAGGCGUAUUGUUUGUUGUUAAACGCCAUGCACGACAUUAGUUUCGACGGUCCGGUCGACGAUAACGGGUUUGUAGAUCAAGCCAGUAGUGCUAGCGACUCCCACGAUAGCGUUAGCUCACGCUCCACAACCAAAAACGCAGGCAGCGAUGCGUGUUUGUCCGAGGAGCGGAACGGUCACCGAAUGGUUUACGACUCUGAAUUGGCCGAAUUGGUCGAAUUGGCCGAUUUGACGUUCCCCGGACGCUACGGGGAGGGUUUCACGCUGUCUUUACAGAGCAGGAGCUUGCAAAACAUUCCUGCCGCGAGGGCCAAACUCCAGAGGUCCACGAGCGAUAGCAAGGUCGAGUAUUUGAGUCGCGAGGAACACCUGCGGCGUGGGCUUUCAGGGAACGCCGCGCCUUCGCGGCGAGGAUGCGAUGGUCUCGCGAGCUCCUCAUAGGAAGGGGUUGGCCGUCGACCCUACAGCACCUUCGGACGAUGUCCCAGAGCCAACCACACGCCAGUCCUGCAACGACGCCGCUGUCGCCAAGCAUCCUGGCGUCACCGUCAACAAGAUGCAAGAGUGGAUGUUGAAGGGUCGCGUCCUUUCUUCUGAGAUGAAGCAGAGGAUCGCGGGUUCUUUGCUGAGGGCCGGUCACGCCGCUACAACCGCCGCCCAUGCCGACGGUCUGCAAGCGAGCAGAAAUGCAGUCACAGGAGCGCCGCUGCAGUCAGCGCCAAUGGAGUGCAUCCCUGGGACAUCCUGCGUAGCUCAACGGGGCCCCUGCACACGUCAGACCCCCUUCAACCACAUCACCGUCUCCAAGAAACGCAACUGGCUGCAUCAAAGCUUCGCUCACCCUGUCCUGCACCCUGAGGACAUAACAGCACCCCCUACAGCGGAGGAGGAUCAUAUACACUCACAAACUCACCCUCUAUCCAGUGCAAGCCCGCCUAAGGAUGCACAACCUCCAGGGGCCAGCGUGAAACCCAGUCGAAACUCAUCCCAACCGCCCCGUCACCCAGAUCCAGCUGAGGAGAACGACGCAGACGACGAAGGAGAGAUCUGGUACAACCCCAUUCCUGAGGACGAGGAGGGUGGCGAUCCUCGCGGCGUCCUCGCCAUCAUGAAGGGCAGUGGAGGGGCGACGAAGGGGUGUACAGGCGGUGAGGGGGGCUGCAAAGAGAUGGAGCAUUCCAAUGAUACCUUCCAGCUGCACAGACAGACGCUUGCGUGCAAGACACAAGAGGAGAGCCUCGUUGUCAGAGCGACAGGUAAACCCGUCUGUCUGUCUUCAUUAAUUUCUCACUUAUCUAACGAUCUCCCUCUGUCUCUGUCCCAAAACCUAGCUGUCAUGGGAACUACCUUCAAAGAUAGCAUUAGCAUGUUGCUAAGCUAACAGCAUGAUACUCUAUUAAGUAUAAAAAUACUGCGUUAUCCCGCUAUUUAUAAUAUGCAGUAGUCACUCGUUUAAGGUGUUGGGACCCUGUAGUAGAUUAUAAUCAUUGGUAGUGCUGUCUACUUAGGCAGCACAGUAGGUUUUGGAAAAGAGCCCGUCUCUCUCUCUCUGUUAUCUGUAACUGUAUCUUGUCUCCCGUCUGUCUGCGGGUGUUUUUCCCAUGUCGGAGUCAGCAGUGUUCAGACGGGAUGUUUGAUGUUUAAUGUUUGCCGCUGGAGUCGUACCUGUCUUUAAAUGAGUACCUGUCGUCAGACGGGCGACCGACAGCUCUGUAAGGACAGACAGUAAACACUGCUGUAUAAUGAAGUGUAGCAUGAUGGGUUUGACGGCACAUUUCUUCUCAAAGGAAUAACAAAACAUGACCAUAAAGGCCUUAAAUAAUGUCAAUAUGUACAAAUGAAAACGUUUGCAUUACAAAAUUACUAAAUUUAC